CAGUGGCCCCGCCUCCUGACCGGCCCUGGUGACAUUUCCAUAACCGAUUGGGUCUCGUCGGUGACAGUUCCCGUCGCCCAGGCAACUAGAGCCGGGCUCCCUCCGGGCUAGAGGGAGGCGCAGGCUCGGGUCAGGGGCCUCGAGAUCGGGCUUGGGCCCAGAGCAUGUUCCAGAUCCCAGAGUUUGAGCACAGUGAGCAGGAAGACUCCAGCCCUGCAGAUAGGGGCCUGGGCCCCUGCCCCACAGGGGACCAGCCCCCAGGCCUCAACAAGCACUGGAGUACGGUCCCAGGUCUCCUGGGGGAAGCUGGUCACCAGCAGGGCCAGCCGGCCAGCAGCAGCCACCAUGACGGCGCUGGGUCUGUGGAGCCGCGGAGUCGCCACAGCUCGUACCCCACGGGGACCGAGGAGGAUGACGACACCGAGGAGGGGGAGCCCAGCCCCUUCCGCGGCCGCUCGCGUUCAGCGCCCCCAAACCUCUGGGCAGCACAGCGCUACGGCCGCGAGCUCCGGAGGAUGAGCGACGAGUUCCAGGGCUCCUUUAAGGGUCUCCCUCGCCCGAAGAGCGCUGGCACAGCAACGCAGAUGUGGCAAAAGUCCAGCUGGACGCGCUUUUUCCAGUCCUGGUGGGAUCGGAACUCGGGGAGAGGAGGCUCCGCCCCCUCCCAGUGACCUUCUUUCCCACGCGGAAGCGCCCCUGCGCGCCGCCCGGCGGCCAUCUUGGGUGUGGGCGGAAGUCGCCUCCGCAGAGGAUCCGGUCUCCCCGUGUCGGAAGGAGGAGUCCUGACCGGAGCCGGGUUCCCUUCCGGUGUGUGCGGGGACUGCGGAGGCUCCCACUCAGCGGAAGUUUUGAAGUUCCUCCGCCCUCAGCCGCUGGAAGUGGGUUGCCCCCGGCGCCCGCGCCAAGUUGCUGGUGGGAACCCCCAGAACCCUCUCCUCGCGGUGACCCCGCGGCUGCCGCUCGCCACGGAAUGUGCUAAUAAAGCCCCCAUCUACGCCG